AUGCCAACUGUAUUUUAUGAAAAUCUUGUUGCGAUAAAUGAUAUUGAUUCACGUUCGUGUAUUUCCGGUGCGAAUUCUUAUUCAAAUGGUAGACAUUCCGUCACUUUUUCGAUUGAAAAUGUUUAUCAAACAGGAUGGAGUUGUUUCUUUGGUACAAUGACAUCUAAUGAGUCAAUGCAAGACGAUGUUUCUAAGAUGGUAUCAGUGUAUGGAGUUUGGUCAAGUGGAUAUCAUGUACAAUGUGGUAAAAAAUCUGGUUCUGGUGGAAAGAGAAGAUGGAAUAUAUGUGACGAUGUGACAUUGACAUUUGAUUGUGAUAAUAAACAACUUCGUAUUGAAAACAAACGAAUUAAUUGGUGUCAAGUAUUCAAUAUCGAUCUUCAUUCAUGUCCUUUUCCAUGA